UAUCACGUACUUGCUUUCGUCUAAGCAAGUUUUUUUAUAUUGAAAUUAAUUGCCGUUUUCCAAUUUUUAUCAUCACAUUGUCAUCAUGAAGACGAUUAUCCUCUUCGCGCUGUUUGUCGUCGCAGUUUUCGCUGCUCCCCAACAAAAUCCUAACGAUAUUACAAUCGUAAGCCAAGAAGAAAAUAACAACAUCGGAGUUGAUGGUUACCAUUAUUCAUAUGUACAAAGUGAUGGACAACAAAAAGAGGAAACUGGUGAGCUUCAAAACCAAGGAACUGAUGAGGAAACGAUAGUCGUCAAAGGUUCUUUCAGUUUCAUCGGUGCUGACGGAAAAACUUACAAAGUGGAAUACACAGCCGAUGCUGAUGGCUUCCACCCAACAGUUUCCGUUGCUUGAGCUGCGAAAUAUUUUCCUUCAGUUUCUCCUUCCGGAAUUCAAAUCUUUACUCCCGAAUAAAAUCGUCAAAUUCCGCAAUCAAGUUUUGAAUUUCGGAACUGCUGAAUCAAAGAGACACGCGGUUCUAAAAAUCAAACUGAUCUCCGCAAAGUCUGAUCCAGUCUCCUGGAUAUUUAAAAAUAUUAUUUAUGUAUUAUAUUUGUAGAUUUAUUCCAAAAAUAUCCUUCGGAGGAAGAUUUCAGUAUUUAGGUUUAAAAGCCUCUGAAAGCGCGCAUUUUGUAGCCUCCAAGUUUCGGGGUGAUACGAAACAAAAUUUUUAAUUAUAAAAAUAUUUGACAAUAUUUUCCAUGUACCGAAGAAAAUAAACACCUUAACCCUAGAA